UGCCGGCCGCAUCCCGCCUCGUGCGAGCGCGCGACGGCACUCGCGCCGCCACUCUGCAGCGUGCACUCGCAUCCCGCCGCGCGCUCUCGCAGCGGCAUUCCGUACGCGCGACUUGCAACACUUUGUCUAACUUCCCAUCGCGCCCCAAAAUGAGGCCCUUAAUUUUUUUUAAUUUCUUCAUACUUUUAAACUUAUUAAAUUUAGUUUCUUCCAAAACCUGCCCCCCCAAAUGCCAAUGUUUCCGAAGUAAAGUUGCGUGCUUGCACCAAGACCUGUUGACCGUCCCGCAGCCGCCGGCCGACACUCACAGUUUAGACUUGCGGUUCAACAAGAUUGCUGAGAUCGAGCCGGGGUUGCUGAGUCAUGUCCACUCGCUUCGUUCGCUGCUCCUCAACGACAACCGGAUUCGGGAGCUGCGUUCUGGAACCUUCGAUGGCCUCCGCAAGCUCAAGUACUUGUACCUGUACAGGAACCGCAUCCAACAUAUCGACCCUGAUGUGUUCCAAGGACUCGUUCAUCUGGAACAAUUGUAUUUACACAUAAACGAAAUUCACCACAUCGAUCCGCAAACAUUUUCAAAUCUUCCUCGUUUGGAGAGACUGUAUUUGCAUAACAACCAUAUAAAGAAGAUUCCGUCUGGUUCAUUUUCGGGGAUGCCAAAACUACGAAAAUUGCGUUUAGAUAGCAACGCUUUGAUAUGUGAUUGCUCCAUGAUGUGGCUCGUGCAGAUGAUGGCUUCACAUAAUGAGAUGUUCAUAGACGCCACUUGCUACCAACCCUCCAGAGUUACUGGAAUGCCCCUUUCUUUGCUGGAAGUACGCGAUUUUGAUUGUAAAAUACCCGAAAUUCAAAAGGACCCCGAAGACAUCACUGUGAAUUUCGGAGAGGCUGCAAUGUUCACUUGCAUUGUGACCGGCGACCCGAACCCUGAAAUAGUCUGGCUGAGAGAUUCUAACGAAAUUCCCAUCGACGGUACGCGGUACGAGGUUAUGGACAACGGCACUCUAAUGUUGCACGACAUUAGCGAGGCUGACACCGGAUAUUUUGAAUGCAUGGCUAAAAAUCUUGUUGGAGAAGCCCACUCGAAACCUGCUAAAAUGACUAUCAACGAACCUAAACAAAAUGGUCCUCCUGUACUGACAUUAGCUCCACGAUCACAUCUUACGACACUGAGCCAGCAGCGCCAUAUCAACUUUGAUUGUAUUGCUAAGGGACACCCGAAACCACACAUUUCUUGGCUUUUUAAUGGCGAAAGGAUUUUGCUGACUGAGCGUAUGUCGUUGCAUCGUAAUGGCUCCAUUUUUAUCGAUAAUAUUCAAGAUACCGAUGCUGGAGUGUACACCUGUGUAGCUGAAAAUAUCCACGGAAAAGUUAACGCAACUGCGACUCUUGAAAUAAUAGUCGCGCCCUCGUUUAUCGUCGAGCCCCAUAACAAAACAGUAAGAGUAGGAGAGGAUGUCCAUUUCACAUGCACUGCUAGAGGAUAUCCGAAACCCACCAUCACCUGGUUUAGAAACACACUGCCAUUACCAGAAUCUGAAAAUAUUAUUUUGGAUAAUGACAAUCACAAUUUGACCAUUCGAUCAAUAACUUCAGACGAUGAUGGUAUAUAUCACUGCAGAGCUGAAAAUUCCGAAGGUUAUGUUGAAGGGUCAGCCUUUUUAACAGUUCAAGAAAUUAAACGCGUUCGUCCACGUAUUGCUAUAAAGCCGGAAGACACGGAUGCUUUCCGAGAAUCUACAGUUCAGUUGCCAUGUGAAGUAGAUAGUGAGCUCCCAGCUACAGUUGAAUGGAGAAAAGAUGGUUCCUAUCUCCAAAAUACAGAUACAAGACAUUCAAUUACUGUAAUCGGAAGUUUGAUUAUCCGCAAUUUGACAAUAAGGGAUUCUGGUAGGUACGAAUGUUCUGUGUUCAAUGAGAAUGGACGAGACACUGCAUCUGCUCUGUUAACAGUGAAAGAUCGCGUUAUACCUGGCGAUGAAUAUGUUAACAUAGCUUUAACUGAGGCAACCAGAGAUGUAGACUUAGCUAUUGAAAGGACUAUGGAUGAGUUAUUCAAUGGCAACAAAACAGCGAAAACAGAUAUCCACCAACUAUAUCGUAUAACAAGUUUCCCCAACGCGCCAGCAAGAGAAGUUGCACGAGCAGCUGAAAUAUACGAGAGGACAUUAGAUAAAGUGAGGGGAUUCAUCCAGACUGGCCAUAAAGUAACAUCGACUGAACCAUUCUUUUACCAAAACGUGUUAUCCAAUCAACAUUUAGAUGUCAUUGCGCGUUUAUCUGGUUGUGUCGCUCAUAGAGAGAAGAAAGACUGUUCAGACAUGUGCUACCACAGCAAGUAUCGCAGUUAUGAUGGAAGUUGUAAUAAUUUUGCGCAUCCUACAUGGGGAUCUUCGCUAAGUGGAUUCAGACGUAUCCUUUUCCCAAUUUAUGAAAACGGUUUCAGUCAACCGGUGGGUUGGAAUAGGGAUCUUAAGUAUAAUGGAUUUACUCUACCAAGUGCACGUCUUGUAUCUACUUCGAUUAUAACCACUGAUGAUAUAUCUGAAGAUCUGAAAAUAACGCAUAUGGUUAUGCAAUGGGGUCAGUGGCUCGACCAUGACUUAGACCACGCUUUACCAUCAGUCAGUUCCCAGACCUGGGAUGGCGUUGAUUGUAAAAAAACAUGUGAAUACGCUGCGCCAUGUUUCCCGAUUGAUGUGCCCUCAAAUGAUCCGAGGAUUUCCAACCGCCGUUGUAUUGAUUUCAUUAGAACCAGUGCAGUAUGUGGGUCUGGAAUGACUUCUGUUCUUUUUGGAACAUUGCAGCCGAGAGAACAAAUAAAUCAGUUAACCUCAUUCAUUGACGCGUCGCAAGUGUAUGGUUUCGAAAAAGAGGUAGCUGAAGAUCUGCGAGAUUUGACUAAUGAAAACGGGCUGUUACGAGUAGGCAUCACGUUCCCGGGUCGUAAACCAUUACUGCCAACAGUAGGUAUAAAUGGAAUGGACUGCAGGCGUAACUUGGACGAAAGUACUCGAAGUUGCUUUGUAGCAGGGGACAUCAGAGCUAAUGAACAAAUCGGUUUAGCAGCAAUGCAUACAAUUUGGAUGAGGGAACAUAAUAGAAUUGCACUUCAAUUGAAAGCUCUGAAUCCAUUUUGGGAUGGCGACCGAGUUUAUCAAGAAGCGAGAAAGAUCGUUGGUGCUCAGAUACAAAUCAUAACCUACGAGCACUGGCUCCCUCUUGUUUUAGGAGAGAGCGUACACCAAUUACUAGGAAAAUAUAAGGAAUAUGAUCCAAGCCUUAACCCAUCAAUUUCUAAUGUUUUCGCCACUGCUGCUUUAAGAUUUGGACACUCCAUGAUCAAUCCUCUACUGCAUCGUUACGAUGAAAACUUUGAAACUAUCCCGCAAGGCCAUCUAUUGCUCCGAAAUGCAUUCUUCUCUCCAUGGAGACUAGUCGAUGAAGGUGGAGUUGAUCCUUUACUUCGUGGAAUGUUUACGACGCCAGCGAAACUGAAGACACCUACGCAAAAUCUGAACUCGGAACUCACUGAAAAGCUUUUCUAUACCGCUCAUGCUGUUGCUCUUGAUUUGGCUGCUAUCAACAUCCAAAGAAGCCGUGACCAUGGUAUCCCACCAUAUACGAAAUGGCGCCAGUUUUGUAAUAUGACUGAGGUGAAUGACUUUGAUGCCCUGGCUGGUGAAAUAACUGAUGAAAGUGUGCGUGAUAAGCUGAAAGAGCUCUAUGGUUCAGUGCACAACAUCGACGUAUGGGUAGGUGGUAUUCUGGAGGAUCAAGUAGAUGGUGGAAAAGUCGGGCCGCUGUUCAGAUGCUUGCUCGUGGAACAGUUCAAACGUUUACGAGACGGAGAUCGAUUUUGGUAUGAAAGCCCAUCCGUAUUCAAACCUGAUCAACUGCGACAGCUGAAAGAGACGAGCUUGGCACGAAUCCUCUGUGACAACGGCGAUAACAUUGAUACAAUCGGAGAAAACGUGUUCCUGCUUCCUGAAGUUCAAGAUGGUCUGAUUUCUUGUGAAGAUUUGCCUUCCAUGGAUUUGCGUUUCUGGGCUGAUUGUGAGAGCUGUGGCGACAGUGAAGGUGGUCUGGAGCGAGCGAAGCGCCGAGCACGCAGGGAUGUGGACACCUCCGAAAACAAAGUUGACGACGAACGCCUGAGCAAUUUGGAAGAAUCCCAUCACGACAUUGAGAACACUAUCGCAUCACUGAAAAAACGAAUUGAAUAUUUGGAGGAAACAUGCAAACUGGAAUAAACUGACAAACUGGCAACGAUAACACGGUCUUUUGGAAACGUUUUAAAGAUUUUUGAAAUCUAUGUAUUCUUUAUAUUAUCUACCUGUUAUUUAUGUAUAAUAUAUUAUCUACUAUCUAUAAUGUUUCUAUCCUUUUACAUUGUAAGCUUUAAUCCUGUCUAUGUGGUCCAACUAAUUAAGAUUACUUUAACAUUCUCUAUUAAAUUAAUUUCCUAUUUCUAUUAAAUUUGGUAUCCAUCGUUGAAUUUAUACCCUAAUCAAAUUAAUAUAUUUCUCUAUCUCUUGGAUUCAGUGAGUAACGAUUUUACCAUUCUGAUAAUGAUAUUUUGAACAUUAAUAUUAAAUGUGUAGAAGGUAGUGAGUAGGCGUCAUAAUGUUAAAAAAAGUUAAUCAUUAGGUUUAGGAGUCAACAUGUUACUAUUAUAACUAAAGAAUACUAAAGGCCGGUUGCUUUGCUGUAACUUUUAGGCACUGCUUACUUGCUAAACAGUUUCAGUAGCGAUUUUUAGGGUUCCGUACCUCAAAAGAAAAAAACGGAACCCUUAUUAGUUUUUUUCCACGCAGUUAAAUACCUAAUACCUUCAAAAACAACAAACUUAUUUAAGAAAUUAUUAAGAAAAAGUACAUCUAACUCUUGAAAAAAAAAAAAAAUAAUUUUUAUAUAAUUUUUAUGGUUUGACUACGUGAAAAACGACAGGUUUAGUUAACCGGAGUUAAAGUAUUGAUUUUUUUUUUGUAAAAAAAAUACUUAAUAUACUUAUCAAACAACUACCAUCUACUGAAUAAUUACGAAUUGCCAGAAUGUACAUUUUUGAAAAUCACAAAAAUAAAAAGAUACAAUUUUGUGGGGGAUGACGGAGUGUCGCGUUUCUUCGUAGUAGCUAGCUACCAGCUAUUUAGUAUUCUUAGUUAAAACCAUUUAUGUAUUAGACGUAUUAGGAAUAAGAAAACCGCUUCAUUUUGUUUAUUUGUAAAUGUUAUUUUAUAUAAUUUAUUGUCUAUCGACUUAAUUUUAUGGAAUGCUGUGAAAUAUAUGUGUAACCGAUCAGAGUUCGAGUGAAAUGGCUUUUGAACACCUAAGGGCCUGUUUAGAAGGCUUCAGCUUUCAUGUUAUAUGUGUGUAAUAUUAGGUUAUUUUCGCAUUCUAACGGUCACGUGCAAAUUGAUUAAAUACGGUAAAAACACAUAUGUGAAUAACUAUGUUUCGGAUGUACUACCUAUGUAGAUACGCAAGCCCGUGAGUUAAAGGUGUUUUCGUCUGUUCAAUUAGAUACAUAUGUAUAUUACUUAGCUGAGUAUGUUGUUUAUGUUUUAAAUAAAUUUCUUUUAUUUUUGCAAAUAUUUUUUUUAAGGUGACCAUUAAUUUAUUAGGUUUUUUUACUGAAAUAAUUUGCAUUUUACAUAAUAUUCAUAUAAUAAUUAAAAACAAUAGAUUUUAACUGAUAGACAUGAUAUUUAUUGGACUUUCUAGUACGUAAAUUAUAAUUCAAGAUAUUUGAAUAAUUUAUGAAGGAAGAUCUAACUUUCAAUGAGUAUUUUGGUCGGAAACCUAAUCGAAGUAACGUAUCAUCAUCAUCAGGCAAGUGAAUGCAAUGUAACGAUUUAGAACUUUAUGAUAAGUAGGUACCGAGUUUGUACCGACAAAUAGUAGGUAAGGUUGGCUAGGCAAUAAAAUGCUCAUAUUGGAAAUAUGAAAGUUGCUCUGAGCUGCACCGGGAACAUAUGACUUUGCACCUCUUUGCUUUGCAGCAUAUCAAUCGUACCUCAGCAAGUGUGUCAUAUUGAAGUUCAGAAGCGGUACUUACAGGACUGCAUUUCUGAACGCAAAUAAAAUGGGACUUUACGUUUAAAAUGUUUCAUCAAAUCAUCAUCAUUUGAUUGAUUGAUGUCAAUAUAGUUAGGUACCGAAAAUUAUAUUGAAGACCGAUAUAAAUUAUAUGUUAUAAAUAUUAAAUUAUAUAAAUUUUUAUGAUAUGGUACCUGUAAAUCAUAAAUAUUAUUUGAUACAGGUAAAUACUCUGAUAUUAAACAAGCUUAAAUAAAUACAGCAUUUGGUAGGCAGGUAGAGGUAGGUACCACGUACAUAUAAUUUUGACAUGUUCUUUAUUAAUGACAAAGCGAUCGUAAAAGGUAUCGUGAAUUUGAUUGAUAACUACAAAAGUGACUAACCGAUUGUAUCACUUUUUGAUAAUCCCCAUAACACGACCGAUGGGUGCAGCCACAAUGAUAACUAUCAUCAAAUAUAUAGUGCAGUUUUGGAUAUUGCUGCCUACAAAACAAAAUUAUUAGAUAUCAAUUUGGAAAAUACAAACAGUUUUAUAAGAGCAAGAGGAUAUCUUCCUUCAUAAGUUAUUCAUUCUGUAGAACAUAACCCGAUUAAAGGUUUAUUUUUAAUAACUAGGUAACCAGUUGUAAACUAGUCGAAUAUCCAUAACACUAGUUUACAGUACAUUUGUUGCCGGGAUUUUUUAAGCUGUUGUUGACUACUCAUAUUUAACCAUAUUUAAAACUAUUAGUAGUUUUUUUUUAUCAGCUCUUGUUUUUGAGAUUCAGCUAAGAGCGGUUUAAAGAGAAAAAACCUUAAAGAAUAUUUGUUAAAAAAUUAUAUUAAUUGUUAAGUUCCAAAAAACUUGGCUUUAAAGCUCUUCUCUUAUGUGUAGACUUUGGGAAAUGGCGUAUCAGAGACCAGCAAUAGUCAGACAUCAUAUUUACAUCCCAGAAACCCUGAUAACGUUCUUCCAUGACACGUUAAUCUUGAUGCAUACGUUCUCCCUGCUCUUCGCUCAUAUCUCCUAAAUUUUUCGGAAAUCUGUCCAGAUGACUGAAGAGGAAGUGAGUUUAUGCUCAAAUUGCAUCCCAUAUCUCUUAAUUGUAAGAGCAGGUCUUCGACAAGUUCAACAUAAUUUUCAUUAUAAUUUUUCAAAAUUCAAUAUAAUUUUUAUUCUCUGAAAGUUCAGGUGAAUGCUGCACUGGACGCUGAACACAUGUACUACUUCGGUUUUGCCAUUUAGCUCGAUUUUUGGUGUUUAAGCUGUUUAUGUUCACGCUACAAAAGUAAGAGUCGUCGAGAUGAUUUGUCGAUUCUUUCCAAAUAGUUGGUGUUUUAAGUUUAAAAGUACUUCUUUUACCACUUUUCCAUAAUCUUAAGUAUUCAACGCACGAUUUACAAACACAAUCAGGAGCCCAAGAUUUGUCAUUUUUAUCUAACAACAUUCCAAAAUAUAAAAAAAUAAGUAUUUUUAAGCGUUUCUGAUGACAUUUCUACACUUCUCAGACACAUGUUCUCCACAUAAGUAACAAACAUGGUUUGGAUUGUUCAAACAAUGCCUCCUUGAACUACUCGUGUUGUAAAAACUUCACAUAUUUGUAUAAUUACAAUAAAAUACGUACUUUAGCGACUGAAAAAGGUUCAGAAAAGAGAAAGUCAAUAACAAGUAAAGUCGAGCUACAAAAAAAUUUUUGCGGGUGUAAUUAAUAAAAACUAAACAUAAGUGAAUGUUACCAGCCAUUAAAUCCACGGCAACAGGCAAAAAGUUUGAUUUUGUAAACUAGUGUAAUAUAAUACUUAUAAUAUAUUGUUUCGGGUCUUUGCCCAAACAUUUUAGAGGUGUGAAUGGAAGUCAUUACAUUUGGCUUUAGGAAAACUUACCCAGCGGAGCUAAGCAGCCUGUAGGUACUGUAAAAUGGGCAGGUCUUAUCCAUUUUAAUGAGCACUAAAUGCCUCAUUUGUAACAUGAGCAUCAAUCAAAUACAAAUACUACGUGUUUACCAAUUCGAUAGAAAUUGUAACACAGCCAUGCGAACCCAGCACUGAACAAAUAGUUUGAUCAUUUCAUGGAAAUGGUCAGUGCCGUAGUUACAUUACGACUAGUCAAAUGUCAAUAGCUAAGUUUCUACAUCAGAUAAUUUCACAUUAACUACCAGUAUUGGAAUACAGUGAUUCCAAGUAACUUGUUAGUUGUCAGUCUUGAGGGAAACGGAAACCGUUCAAUAAAACCUUGUUACUAAAAAUAAGUCUUUCAGACAUUAUUAAUGUAAUGUGUAGCAGUAGAUGUAGAAUGCAUUUAAAAUUUUAAAAUUACAUACUUAGAAAUUAAGUAGUUUCCUACAUUGUAAGAACCGAGGAGACGAAUAGGAUGGAAAAGGUGCCUAGGUAUAGAAUUUAGAAUUUCACCAUGAAUUGUCAAUUUGAAGACAAGCGAAAUAGCCGGACAGGGGGCAAGGCCUUUGAGGUAUCUCACAACAUUGACAGCAGUAGAUAUUUGACACACGUUCCAAGAAUAUGUCAGGCAGACUACAUGUAAAGCACUGAAAUAUAGUUGUAUCCAGACUGGUAACCGACACCACAAUGACUGUAAAAGGCAAGAAGACGAAAACACCAAGAAUAAGGAAUCUACACACCACGAAGAGGGAUGUGCCUUUUAGGCUAACUACGUUAUCUCUAGAUAUCUCGGAAUCCUGCCUGUACGUAGAUUUAUCGAUAAGUAGGUAGGUAAUGAAAGUGUUGUUGAAUGGGAGAAAUUGGCACCUUUAUAGUACUGUGAUUAAAACCAAAAUCUUAGGCCAUUUGACGUAAGGACUCAUACCCAGCAAAAAAUCAUGACUUUUGCUAGAUGAGCUUACCGACUUACUUUCUUGUGUUAGUCAAUGUCACUCUCCAGGCUACGCCAGACCAUAGCAGGCCUAGUAUAUGAUGUCUAAAAUAAAGCGAUUUUUCCUAAAUCACGCACGAUACAAACACGGACUAAACAAAUGACGGUCCCAUCUGUUUAGAUUUUUG